AGAUAAAAAAAAAUCUAAAUUACUCUCUCUAAUGCCACUGUUCUCUGCCACUUGAUAAAAAUUUCAUCAUAAAAUCCAUAUUUGAAUUUUUUAAGAACCGGUAAAGAAUCCGACCCGGUGACCCCAAAUGGCAGCAUACAGAGCGGAUGACGACUACGAUUAUUUGUUUAAGGUGGUGUUGAUCGGAGAUUCGGGUGUCGGGAAAUCGAAUUUGCUGUCGAGAUUUACGAGAAACGAGUUUAGCCUGGAAUCAAAAUCUACAAUCGGAGUUGAAUUUGCCACCCGAAGCAUUCGGGUCGAGGAUAAAAUUGUUAAGGCCCAGAUUUGGGACACCGCUGGACAAGAAAGAUACCGGGCAAUUACAAGUGCAUAUUACCGAGGGGCUGUUGGUGCAUUGCUUGUAUACGAUGUUACCCGACGUGUCACGUUUGAGAAUGUCCAGAGAUGGCUGAAGGAACUUCGAGAUCAUACAGAUGCUAGUAUCGUGAUUAUGCUCGUUGGUAACAAGGCUGACCUGCGACACUUGUUUGCGGUUUCCACUGAUGACGCCAAGGACUUUGCCGAGAGAGAAAAAACCUACUUUAUGGAGACAUCUGCUCUUGAAUCCACGAAUGUGGAGGAUGCAUUCACUGAAGUACUAGCUCAAAUAUAUCGCGUGGUCAGUCGAAAAGCACUCGAAGCAGAGGUUGAUCAUACAGUAUUGCCUAAGGGACAAACCAUCAAUGUCGGAUCUAGGGACGACGUUUCGGCAGUCAAGAAAGGAUGCUGUUCUGGGUAACUGUUUAGAUGAUUCCGAAUAUCCAAAUUUUCAACCUUGGUUUUUCAUCUCAUUAAGCACA